CGUGCCUCGUUCCUGUCCGCUCGUGUGACCAGCCAGGCGUCCCACUCCCACCAUCACCUGCUCGUCGGGUGUGCCCUCUCACCACCAACUGCCACACGAUGCCCGCCACUUCCUCUCGCCCGCCGGAUCCCGAGGCCGACACGCCGCGCCUCUCGCUCGACGCGCCCGCCGACGCUGCACACGGCGCUCGCACCUACCACGACGACUCUGACGACGACGACGACGCGGCACAGUCAGGCCGCGAGGAUGCCGGUCUCGUCGGACGGCGCUCUUCCGAGAGCGAGCGCGCUGCUCGACGGGCUCGCUACGAGCGCGGCGGCAUGCGCGGCACUGGUGCCGGUGCAGCGACGCCGCGCAGUCUGCUGGGCGAGGCCGGCGAGGCACCGCAGCGGCAAGACGUAGAGGCACUCGCGGCCGCCGACUCGGACUCGCCGUCGAGCGCCACGCUGCAUCGCGAUGGCGAAUGGGAGGCGGCGAGCGAGGCGGAACACUUUGAGGAUCGCAGGGAGACGGGAGGGUGGAGUGCGAGACUGAAAGGAAGAGGCGCUUGGGCGCGGUCGUGGGAGAUCGCCAGAGAGGCGCUCCCCACCCUGAUCCUUGCCGUGUUCAGCCUGAUGUUUGCCGGCGAGCUACUGGUGCACAUUGCACGGUGGCCUGUCUUCAUCAAAGUCGACAAGCUCUUCAUUCUCGUGCCCAUUCUGCUCAAUCUCAAGGGCAACCUCGAAAUGAACCUCUCGCUGCGCAUGUCUACCUCUGCCAACAUCGGCGAGCUAGACGUCCGACGCACGCGCGAAACGCUCAUCUUUGGCAACCUGGCGCUGCUGCAGGUGCAGGCGCUCAUCGUGUCCUCGUUUGCUGGAGUGCUCGCCUUCGUGCUGGGCGUCAUGACGCCCGAAGCUGCACCUGCUGCGACGGCGCCUCGUACUGUCAACAUGCUGCAGCGCGUCAUGGCUCGCAAGCCGGCCUCGCAGAGCAGCACGCAUCUCUCUCCGCGCCGCAUCAUUCACCACCACCCGCACCCGAAGCCGCCAGCCGACCCGGCAUUGCGGCUGCGCAACGGCUACUUCGAGUUCGUCCUCGUCAUCGCCACAGGCAUGCUCUCCGCCUCGCUCUCCUCCGCCAUCCUCGGCAGCUUCAUGUGCGCGCUCGUCGUCGUGACGCGCCGCAUGGGCGGCAAUCCCGACAACAUCGCCAGUCCGCUGGCUGCAUCGCUCGGCGAUCUGCUGACGUUGACGCUGCUGGGUCUGCUGGCUUCCUUGCUCGUGCACUUCGAAGGCACGCUGCUCGCCACCGUCAUUCUUGCCGCGCUCGUCGUAGCCUGCGCGUCAUGCUUCGUGGCGACGUACCGCAACGCCUACGUGCGCGAGCUGCUCAGCAGCGGCUGGGUGCCACUGCUCAUCGCGAUGUUCAUCUCGUCCGGCGCGGGCCUGCUGCUUGACACGUUCGUGCAGCGCUUCGAGGGCUUUGCUCUCCUAGGGCCAGUCGUGACUGGCCUGCCCGGCGCGUGCGCUGCCAUCUUCGUCUCGCGUACCUCGACGGCUCUGCACUCUGGCAAGGGAGUCGCCGCCAACCUCUCGCCUCCACGACGGCCACCCAGGGUCGGCGCAGCGCCCUCCAGGCUCUCGCUGGCGCGCCUGCAAGCCUUCCUCCCGCCGCCGACGGAGGGCUGGCUGGUGCCUUGCACGCUCUUCGCCAUUGGCGCAGGCAUCGAGACGCUCUUCUUGCUCGUCGUCUGGCUGUCUGGACAGAUGACGUUCGGCUGGCCCUUUGCGCUCUGCUUCGUCGUCAUUGGCGCUGCUGGCUUUGCCAUCGCGCUGGCCAUUGCACACUUCAUCACGCUGGCGCUUUGGGCGCGCGACUAUGAUCCAGACAUCUACUCGCUGCCCUUCGUCAGCUCGCUCUUCGACGUCGUGGGCCAGGCACUGCUUGUGCUCACCUUUGCGCUGGCCCUCGCUCUCGGCGAUACGGUCACGGCGGCCGUCAAUGCCGGCGAGGGCCACGGCGGCGUCUGAGGUGCCUUCCUGCCAUGCAGGAACGGCGCGAACCCACGUCGCGAUCUCUCGCUUUCCAUCAGUUCUCCCUCAGUCACCGGAUUCCCCUAUCACUAUUUGUCAUUCUCGUCGCAUAACUACAGCUGCAUCACCCAGGCUUGCAGUCCGGCGUGUCACGACUGGCUGU